UAAUACUAGACAGAUCUGAAAAAAAAUUAAACAGACACUGAAAUAAAUACGUUUGUUUGUGUUGCUAACGAACCUUUCUCUACUGCCCACAUUCACAAUGCUUUAUUUGAUUCUCUUUGUUGGAGCGUUCGCCCUGUCCUCGGGGCAAUUCACGACUAACCCACCGUUUACAACAUCAACCACAAGUUCCAUAACCUUUACUACUAACCCGUUGUUGGCACCAUCAACCACAACUUCUACAACAUCAACUGCUGUCCCUGGGUAUGCAUUCACAACCACAACACCUACAACCACAACUGCUUUCGCGGAUUACACAUCAAUGACAACCGUUGUCCCGGAAGAUACAACGACAACAUUAACACCCACAACUGGUGUCUCAGAGGAUACAUCAACACCCACAACCGUCCAACCAACAACAACAAUGUUUCCUGCAGCAAACCUGACCACGUUUGCACAUGCAGCGGUGAAUUUAUCCAGCUAUGAAAAUCUGGAUAACGAUGCACUCGUUUCAAACAUUGAGGAGUUCUUGAGGCAAAUAAGCAAUAAUGGCCUUGGACCUCUGAAGAUAACAGUGAAACAUUUCACAAAAUGUAGCGGCGCCCAGUGUGGGGACCAGCAAUCCUAUACUACCACUCAACCCUCCCCUGACACUCAAACCCCCACUGGCACUCAAACCCCCACUGGCACUCAAACCCCCCCUGACACUCAACCCCCCACUGGCACCCCAUCCCCCACUGGCCCUCAACCCUCCCCUGACACUCAAUCCCCCACUGGCACUCAAACCCCCACUGACACUCAAACCCCCACUGACACUCAAACCCCCCCUGACACUCAAACCCCCACUGGCCCUCAACCCUCCCCUGACACUCAAACCCCCACUGGCCCUCAACCCCCCACUGACACUCAACCCCCCACUGACACUCAACCCCCCACUGACACUCAACCCACCCCCACUGACACUCAAACCCCCCUGACACUCAAACCCCCCUGGCCCUCAAACCCCCACUGGCCCUCAACCCCCCACUGACACUCAACCCCCCACUGACACUCAACCCCCCACUGACACUCAACCCGCCCCUAGCACUCAACCCACCACACCCUUCACCUAUAUAGAUACCGUUCCGGUUUCAUAAUCUCCACUGAUUCAUCAGACAUCUGUAUAGCCUUCUUGUUGAUUGUUAACUUGUGAAUAAUUUGAAAUGGAGUGGGGUAAAUUGAAAUGUAGUUGCAUAAAUAUACAAGUUCAUACUCUAACUUUGAAAGAAUAGCUAUGAUUUUUAAAAGUGAGUGAUAUUGGUAACACUUCCCAUUGAGGUAUCCUUUAAGUGAGUUGUAAAAGGUAUAUGAAUACUUCAACAUCAACUGUAUUGACUGGGAUUAGGUUAUGUAUUUUACUGUAUGUCAGGGACUGGUAGAUAUUGUAAUCAACAAGCUUAAAUCAAUAUGUGGAAAUAUCUCCAUACACCCUGAACUUGGAUGUAGUAAAUAAAAGACUCUGCUUUGUGAAGAUUUAAACUGCUUUUUCUAUAAAUGAUGGCAGACUAUUUAGAAUUAUUUGUAAUUUUUUUAGCUAAAUAUUUUGUAGCUUUUUUAUUAUGUUAAAUGUAAUACUUUUUAAGAUGUAUUCUUUGUGUUGUUUUCCUUUGUUAGGUUGGGCCCCUCUCAAUCAAACCUGUUUUCAACCCAUUGUUAUUUAUUGAACCUUUUAUUUAUUACAUUUACAUUACAUUUAAGUCAUUUAGCAGACGCUCUUAUCCAGAGCGACUUACAAAUUGGUGGAUUCACCUUAUGAUAUCCAGGGGAACAACCACUUUACAAUAGUGCAUCUAAAUCUUUUAAGGGGGGGGGGUUACUUUAUCCUAUCCUAGGUAUUCCUUAAAGAGGUGGGGUUUCAGGUGUCUCCGGAAGGUGGUGAUUGACUCCGCUGUCCUGGCGUCGUGAGGGAUUUAUCUAGGCAAGUCAGUUAAGAACAAAUUCUUAUUUACAAUGACAGCCUACCCCUGACAAAUCCGGACGACACUGGGCUAAUUGUGUGCCGCCCUAUGGGACUCCCAAUCACAGCCGGAUGUGACACAGGCCUGGAAUCAAAUCAGGGUCUGCAGUGACACCUCUUGCAUUCAGCUGCAGUGCCUUAGACCGCUGCGCCACUCGGGAGCCAAGUUGUGGUAUGUUAGGUUGGGCCCUUCUUAAUCAAACCUUUUUAUUUCCAUCUCAUUGUGGUAUGUUAGGUUGUGAUCCUCUCAAUCAAACCUGUUUUUCGACCCCAUUGUGCUAUGUUAGGUUGUGUCCCUCUCUGACAAACCUGUUUCAAGGCGUUUCUAGGUUCAGACAAAACAACUUUCUUCUUGUGCUCAUUUGGAAUCAUUGAUUAAAAAUAACAUGCCAAAUCA